AUGGCGUCGGUGGAGGCCCAGAUUAAAAAGCAAGUGGAAUUUUAUUUCUCCGACAGCAACUUUCGUCGUGACCGCUUCCUGCGCGAGGAGACCAAAAAAUAUGAAGGUGGCUUUGUGCCCUUCAGUGUACUAUUUACUUUUAAGAAGCUGGCAGCACUUACUGUAGACAGUGCCGUGCUGCAGACCGCUAUCGCUGACUCGGACGUUGUAGAACUUAACGAGACAAAAGAUGCAUUGCGUCGCAAAAAUCCGUUGCCGGAUCAGGAUGAUGCAACUGAGCGCAUCAUCGUGCUAGCUGGAUUAGGUAAGGUCAUGCCCACUGUUGACGAUAUCAAGGAAGGCUUGAAGCCGCUUAAUGUGGAGUUGCUAUACAUUGACCGUAAAAGUUACCGCCGCAAUUUCUCUGGUGUUGUACACGUAGAGCUGAAAGAAAAAGAUGCUGUCCAGCGUGCUGUAGAUACUGCAGCCUCACUCAGCAUCAAUGGCUACGUGCCUAACAUUAUAUCCAUGGUGGAUUACCAAAAGCUGUCUCAUGUCGACAAGGUUGAAUUUGACAAAGCUACUAAUGCAAUGCUCGUAGCUAGGGACGUGCCUAUCAAGCCCGUAGUCUUUUUUCUCGACGAGCUACUGCCUAUCUGGAAGAAAGAUGACAAACUUCGCGCCCGUGUGCGCUACUUUGAAAACACACAAGAGCUUUACCUGUUAUUUUCACAAGCUGCAUUCGCUGAAAGCGUGCAGAAGCAUCUUUUAGAGGAUACGCCGAUAAUUGUGGACGAGAAGAAGCUCACGUUUGAACUGAUCACCGAUAAGGAAGCCAUUAAACUUCGUCCUCGUCGAAAUUACAGUGGCAGGGAGGACAGGAACGGUAGUCAAAAGCGUAAGCGUGACGACGAAAAGGUCGUACACAUUUCAAACAUUGGCCCGCGCACCCGCCGAGACGACAUCAAGCGGCUUCUUGCUACUGUAGUUGACCCGUCUUCGCGAUCACCAUUUAUUGAAUUUGAUGGCUUAGAUACGGCAUCAUUUAAGACCAGCGCGGCUGAAGCGACAUCGAUGUUUGAAAAGCUGUCAGUGCUUUCGAAUCCAGAACUUGGAGGCAAGAAGGUAUCAUUUCAUCUUCUUGAUGUGGAUGAAGAGCUUAAGGUCGAUGUACAGUACGACGAAGGACUUAUUGUGCGCUUUGCCGAGGUUGACGGUGAGAUCUCUCGUGAUGACAUAAAGAAUACUAUAAACGAAAAACUUGGCGAAAAGGCUGCCAAUAGUGCCGGUGUUGCUUUUAUUCAGUAUCAAAUAAACGAAAAAGACGGCUAUCUCCGUGUCACCAGCCCUGAGCUUGCGAAAGACGUUGUCGCCUUGUUUGCUGAUGGCGGGCUGGAUGUGAACGGUGUAAAGAUCCCGAAGGCCGCUUUGGUGAAUGGGGACGAGGAAAAGCAAUUCUGGGAAAACGCCCGAACAGCCCGCUACAAGCGCUUCAAACAGUCCCGUUCAUAUCGUGACCAGCAGCGUGGUGGCCGCGGAGGCCGGGGUGGUCGUGGCGGGCGUGGCGGUCGUGGUGGUCGAGGUCGUCGUCACUAG